GAAGGAUAUCAGGAAAGCUUCUUGUUGUAGUCUCCUCAAGGUUUCUUCUUUCCGUCGCCCACGAUUUUCCUCCUCCUCCCUGGCUUCUACUGUGAGAAAAAGAACAAAUUUUUCAUACUAGGUCGGCAAGCUGGAGCCACUACCGGCAGCAGAAGCAGGGGCGAAGAUGGGCCGGGGGAAGAUUGAGAUAAAGCGGAUCGAGAACACGACCAACCGGCAGGUCACCUUCUGCAAACGCCGCAACGGCCUGCUGAAGAAGGCCUAUGAAUUGUCUGUCCUGUGCGACGCUGAGGUCGCACUGGUCGUCUUCUCCAGCCGCGGCCGCCUCUACGAGUACGCCACCAACAGUGUUAAAACAACUAUUGGGAGGUACAAGAAAGCUUGUAACGAGACCACUAACAAUGGAUUUGUUUCUGAAGCCAAUGCUCAGUAUUACCAGCAAGAAGCAUCGAAAUUACGGCAACAAAUCAACGGCAUCGAGAGCACAAACAGGAACCUGAUGGGCGAGUCCCUUGAUUCCAUGAGCAUAAGGGAUCUUAAGCAGCUUGAGACUAGAUUGGAGAAGGGAAUCGCUAAAAUAAGAUCUAAAAAGAAUGACCUGCUCUUUGCUGAAAUUGAGUACAUGCAGAGAAGGGAGAUUGAGCUUCAGAACGACAAUAUGUUUUUCAGGAACAAGAUAGCUGAGAAUGAGAGAGUGCACCAACAGAUGAAUAUGCUACCGCCUACGGCGGCGGCGGCGGCGGCGGCGGCGGUUGAAUACGAGAUGAUGCCUCCAUUUGACUCAAGGAACUUCCUGGAAGUGAACUUAAUGCAGCAGAACCAACAUUACAGUCAGCAACAAAGGACAGCCCUUCAGCUGGGAUGAGACGAUAAAAGAUGGAGGCCUGAUCAUGCUUGCGCGCAUCUAGAGACAGACUUGGAUAGUAGUGAGGAUAAGCAUAAUUUACAGCUUUUAUUGUACGGUGAAUGACUCCUAUUAUUGUUAUUUAUGCUGUCCUAUACGAUCAAGACUAAUCUGAUGCUUCUUGUUGCAAUAUAGUCAAUGUUUGUCA